AUGCCCCUCUCCCUGUUUGCUUACCUGGGAUCCCUGGCUUGCUUGGGGGUGUUGGGAUCGAGCGCCAUGGCCGCCAAAAAUAGCAACGCCCAGUUACAUCUACAUACAUACAUACUGUCGUCGUUCUGGGAAAUCGGCGGGUGCCUGAACCUGAUCAAGCGUUUAUUGUAUAGAGGCCACUUCGCGUUGCUGCUGAAGCGCGAUGUUAAACCACGAGUAGGUGCCCGUUGGGAGAAGGGGAAAAGAAACGAGGAAGCUCAUGGGGUGGAGCAAAUGCACUGCGAGGAAGGCAUCCUGGCCUGGAACAAGCAGUCAGCCUGCAAAGCUGGCGAAUGGUGGAUUGGGCCUCGACGGGUCAUGGAGGAGCUGUGGGCGUGGAAGGAGCAUGGCGGCAAGUGCUUCCCGCCCUUGGUGGAUGCUGCAUUUGGCUGUUGGCUGCCCCCCAAGUCUUCGGAAGAUGGAGGGGUUUCUGAAGGCGCCCGUCGACGGGAGCCCGCGGCAACCACCCAAGUCGUGGGGUUGAUGGGCCAAGUUGGCUCUGGUUUUCAUCCGGACUUGCGAAACGACAUCAUUCGGAAGAAUGACCAGAAGGGGGCACACCUGCAUUUCGACGCUCUUGUCUCUGACUGGGUCAUAUUCUUGGCAACGAGGGCAAAGCCGCAAAGCUAUGUCGCUUGCACCCCGCUCCACACCACUCUCAAGACCCUGGUCAUUCCUUUGAACCCUGUCACCCGGCCCACCCUCCUCUUGGAGGUUCAAGCUGCAUCCACACCAUCUCCAGUCCGUUUCCUGGAGUGGGUCACCUGCUCGACGGCGACUUCCAACCAGCCACUGACAAUGAACUCAAACGUCAUGGGCAAGACCGUUGCCAAGAGUGGUGAGAAGGCUGGAGGGUUCCUUUUCCGUGGAGGCCAAUCAGAUGGCUGUCUAAGAAGCUACGCCUGGAGCUGGACGGAUCUAGACGACUUUAUCAAACUUUGUGCGGUUUAUUCGGACGAGACCGGUCAGGAGUGGAAGCGCAUCCUGCUGUUGGACUUCGGCUGCAGGGUGCUCCUUCGCCAAGUACUUGAGGCACCGCGCUAUCAGGGCAGCCAGAGCAUGUCGCGGUACGAGGGACGAGGUGUACAUGCGCUGGCCCCGAAUUCCGACCGCGGCGUGCAGGGCGCAUGCAGCUAUCCGGCGGAGCAGAUGCAUAUGAAUGUCGAUGAAGAAGCGGAUGCUUCAGAAGCCCAGUCAGCCUUCAAUAUUCAUAUCCGUCUCUGA